GCCAAGAUGGCAGCGUCGAUCGGUAGAAUUUGUCGAUCAGGCCUUUUAAAGCCUAACAAUGCGGGUUUAUUCAAUCAGGCUAGUCAAUUCUCAACAGUCCGGGACUGGUCUAGAGGUCGUAAAGCGAUGACGACGUGCCUGGGCGUCGCUGUUGGUGGCAUUGGUGCCCUCCUCUACACACUGGAGAACUCAGUGAAGGCAUUUGAACUCAUCGCUCACCCCCCAAAUUACCCUUGGAGUUUUCACGGGCUUAUCGCCUCUCUUGAUCAUGCCAGUAUGAGACGUGGAUGGGAAGUCUACAAGAACGUGUGCUCCGCCUGUCACAGUCUUCAAUUUGUAGCCUACCGUCAUCUCGUGGGUGUAACGCACACCGAGGACGAGGCUAAGGCACUCGCCGCGGAGAUCGAGGUUAAAGAUGGUCCGAAUGACGUCGGCGAGUACUACAUGCGACCGGGUGAACUCACGGACUACGUUCCCCACCCUUAUCCCAACGAGGAAGCUGCACGUGCUGCAAAUAACGGCGCUUAUCCACCAGAUCUCUCGUACAUGAUCAAUGCAAGACAUGGUGGAGAGGAUUACGUCUUCUCUCUGUUGACUGGGUACUGCGACCCUCCAGCCGGCAUUCCGCUCAGGGAUGGCCAGUACUUCAACCCAUACUUCGCCGGAGGUGCCAUCGGUAUGGGACAGGUUAUUUAUGACGAGGUCCUUGACUUCGAGGAUGGAACACCAGCUACUGCAUCGCAAGUAGCUAAAGACGUUGUCACGUUCCUCAUGUGGACGGCGAACCACGAGUACGAUGAAAGGAAGAGGCUAUUUAUCAAGAUCAUGUUCAUCGGCACCAUCUUGAUAAUCGGUCUCACCUACAUGAAGAAACACAAGUGGACAACCAUAAAGAGUACCAAACUAGCAUUCAUCCCUAAGAAGAAGUAAAAGUCAAUGUGUCUCAACUUUUAUACAGAAUGAGAAUCGUCCGUCAGUUGACGCGAUUGAACAACAAUGAAAAAAAAAGAAAAAUAAAGCAAGAAGAAUUACCAAAACUCAUGAAGCGUAGUUGUAUAAGUUGAAUAGAAUUUACCGAAUAAUCGGGACAUCGAUUGAUGCUGUCAGGAUGAGGGCAGAGCAUCGCAAGUCGCGAGUUGAAUUUUGCACUUUCAAUUUGCUUGUGAUGUCACUCAGUGUGCAGCCAGCCAACGCCGAUUUAACAAAAAUAAAUCAAUUCGUUCAAUGUAAAUAAGAGAAAUAAAAAAAAACUCCCACGUUA